UAAUGUUAAGAGUGCUAGCGUAAUGUAGCUAGCGGGCUAGUGGAGCCCAGGCUAACGUCGGUGUGCAGUCGGUUGUUUAGAAUUAAGGAGUUGCCCAGCAGCGGUCGAUGUUAUGGCUGUAGCUGGAAUCUGAAAACAAACGCAGUCCUCUCAGAUAUCCAGCCAACCGAAGACCCAUCCAUUACUUAUCUUGGCAUCAUUGUUGCUAACUUCCCAUUGCCUCCUCUGCUGUGGCCCUGCAACAUGGAGAAUGUCCUCUGUCUCACCAAAGGCUGACCAGAACGAAUGAGGCACUCCGGGGGUUGUUUCCAAGUGGCCUCGUGGAUGCAGUAGCUGGGUUUUGGAGUGUUCUUCUAUGACUAGUAUUGUGUGUGUGCGUGGGCGCAUCCUAGCACAACCUGCCCACCUCAGGCAGGGACAUGCUACUCUGAGAGUGGAGCUGGAGAAACACACAAGAAAAGAACCUCUUUGGUAAACAAGGAACAAGAAGAAAGAAAAGGGAAGCACUCAACAAAAGGGCUGUUUGAUAGACACACAGGGCACUUAAGCUGCAGUUACAGCCCAUUUAAGUGUCUUCUAAUCCAGUGCACAUUUUAACAGCAACACCUUUCCUCUGUCUUGUAUUACUUGUAUCCCUCCCCCUCCCUAAAGUGUCCUCUGGCUGUUGUUUUGGAGUUUCUAUGGUUUGCAUGGCCGGGGAAUAAUCGUGGAGAGGCCAGGGUAUCACAAGCUUAUGGAUUUUGACAAGAGAGGGGGUAAGGGAGAGACAGAGGAAGGGAAAAAGAUGUCUAAGGCAGCAGGCAGCCGGACUGGACAUGCGGGCCGGAGUUCAGGGACCAACUCUGGGGUUCUUAUGGUUGGCCCAAACUUCCGUGUUGGUAAAAAGAUUGGCUGUGGCAAUUUUGGAGAGCUGCGGCUGGGAAAGAACCUCUACACUAAUGAAUAUGUGGCCAUCAAAUUGGAACCUAUAAAGUCCAGGGCGCCACAGCUCCAUUUGGAGUAUAGAUUUUACAAACAGUUGGGAAAUUCAGAGGGAAUUCCUCAGGUGUACUACUUUGGUCCCUGUGGGAAAUACAACGCCAUGGUGCUGGAGCUGCUUGGGCCCAGUCUAGAGGACCUGUUUGACCUCUGUGACCGCACCUUCUCCCUCAAGACCGUCCUCAUGAUAGCCAUACAGCUGAUAACACGGAUGGAGUAUGUCCACACCAAGAGUUUGAUAUACAGAGACGUAAAGCCAGAAAACUUUCUGGUUGGGCGGCCAGGAAGCAAGCGGCAGCACACCAUCCACAUCAUUGACUUUGGUCUAGCCAAAGAGUACAUAGACCCUGAGACCAAAAAACACAUCCCAUAUCGGGAGCACAAGAGUCUGACUGGGACGGCACGCUACAUGAGCAUCAACACACACCUGGGAAAAGAGCAAAGCAGAAGGGAUGAUUUGGAAGCACUGGGUCACAUGUUCAUGUACUUCCUACGAGGUAGCCUCCCUUGGCAGGGCCUAAAGGCGGACACUUUGAAGGAGAGGUAUCAAAAAAUCGGGGACACCAAACGAGCGACACCAAUUGAAGUGCUUUGUGAAACCUUCCCCGAAGAGAUGGCCACCUACCUGCGCUACGUGAGGAGGCUGGACUUCUUUGAGAAGCCUGAUUACGACUACUUAAGGAAACUCUUCACUGAUCUAUUUGACAGAAACGGCUAUGUCUUUGAUUAUGAAUACGACUGGGUUGGCAAGCCACUUCCCACACCUAUAGGCCCUAUCCCCAGUGACACGCCCCUGCAGCCCAGCAGCCGAGACAAAGCACAACAGCAGACCAAAAACCAGUCGCCUGAGCCCAAAGGAAGUGAGUCUCAACCCACUCCCGUGACCAAUAAGGAGACUCUGGGGUCCCACCUUACAGCUGAGCGGCUGGGGGGCUCUGUUCAGGUGAUGAGCUCAACAAAUGGCGAGCUGAACACUGACGAUCCCACCGCUGGACACUCCAAUGCUCCCAUCACCGCUCCCACCGAGGUUGAAGUGGCUGACGAAACCAAGUGCUGUUGUUUCUUCAAAAGGAGAAAGAGGAAAGCCCUCCAGAGGCACAAGUGAAAGAGAAGAUAAAGGAGAGAACUUGAAACAUUCUGGUCACUGUCAAGUUUUAAAUGGAAGCAACUACACAGAUCCCCAUCUCUAUCUCUUUCCAGCUCCCCUCCCUUCCCAUCUCUCUUUAUACCCCCCUCACAUUAGUUCCCCUCCUGUCACCCGCGCUCUCUUUCUCGUUCUCAGUGCUCCCCUGCUACUGGCGAGUAAAGGAAUGUUGUAGUCCUACUGACUCCACAACAGACUCUGGUUCCUUUAUCAAAGAAAAAUAAAGUACUUGCAUUAUAAAGGGGGCUUGAGACAAAGUAAAAAGCUGUAACAAUGAAAUGCGAAUACCGUGACGUGAAUAUGAAAAAAAGAUACUGUUUGAAACAGUUGUUGUAUUCUAGAUUCCAUAAAGAACAUGUAUUGUUCCAGCAGUCAGCCAUUGGUCUGGGGGAACUUGUUCAGUGGGUCGAGUGAAAGAAACCUGCUCCUUAGAAAAUAUAGUUCUUCUUUUGUGGGAUCAAGGUAAGAGACAAACAUGAACUAUAUUAAUGUUAAAUCUGCAAUCACUGAGAGACACAGGAAGCAUUUCAUCUAUAAAGCAGAAUUUGGAGGAUUUUUAUGUAAUUUUUUUCCCUCUUUUUUUUUUGUAAUUGAAUCCUCAGUUUUCAAAGUUCGAAUCCCUGCAUUGAAAACAAACUUACUUUUAUGUUGUAGUGUUCUGGAAUUUUUUUUUUUCCUCACUGUCUUCUUUUUUUUUUUUUUUUUUUUUUUUUUGUCUGUCAACGUGGACUUUGUAGCACAGUCACUGGCCUCAGGUACUGUGGAAGAUUGAGAGAAACAGAUAUUAAGCUCUCUUAUUGCACUUUUGGGGAAAAAAAAACAAGUACAGUGGAAUUUUAGGUUUGAAAUUAACAAUUAAGAAAACAACUUAAUAAAGACUGAUCUAGGAAGAGUCCUUCACAAGGGUUAUAUCUGAGUUACGGACAGAAAAUGUUGUCAAUUUACAUGAAACAAGAUAUGUCUUUCGAUUUUAUUUCUUACAUCAAAAUAAUUUACCAGGAAAUCAUAGUUUGUGCCUUUCCAAGUAAAAUGUUUAAAGCUCAA